GUGAGAAGCCUCUUCCGUGCGCUUGUGAGGCUGCGCUCGCCGCUUGCUCAACGACAACCCACACCCACCACCUCACUCUUCCAACGGCGCCAGAACAAACAUAAGAACCGAAGGAGAAUGCUAUAGGCCAUCGCCUGCUGGUAGAGCUAGGCCAGUCCCAGGACUCUCCCCCACCGAGAAUUACCACACGGGGCAGGAACCCCGACUCCGCCCCGCCCGCCACAUUCGCCAACAUGGAACUAAUCCCUGUAAUAGUCGUAACGACCCUCUCGACCAUCCUCAUCCUCGCUCUCCUUCUCGGCACCGCCUACCUGCUCGUCACCCGGCACCGCAAUCGCUCCCUCGAAACCAAAAGACAGUACUUCCAGCUCGAAGAUAACCGCGACAUUGGGAAGAACGGGGUCGAGAAGAAUGGGGCCGAUUUCCAUCACGUCGAGAAUAACCCCCUCAUGCAUACGUUACCUGCGUUCCUGCAGGGCAACGAGGGGUUACCGACGUAUGUGGUGAUUAAAGAUGCGAGGCCGAGGAAGAAGGAUGAGGUGGGGUUGAGUGUGGGGGAUGUGAUGACGAUUUCCAUGACGUUUACGGACGGAUGGUGCCACGGGUAUAACCACACCACCCGACAAGUCGGCAUGUUCCAUAUCUCGUCGAUUGCUAGUUCGGAACGACAUUUGCCCAAAGCGCUCAAACCUCUCUCUCCAGCCCAUUCGCCACCCCUCACACCACCACCUACAACCAUCAACGACAACACAGACGACGCAGACGCUAUCCUCACACCACCACCCCUCCCCAACAAUUUAACAUCACUGCUCCCGGUAGAGCAAGUCCAGCGCAAACCCGGCCUGUUGAUGUCAAUGGUCAACCCCGAAACAGCAAUGGGGAUCGUCUCCGACUCCAUCAGCGCCGAACGCCGGGCACAAUAUUUCGAAGCCACUCUUCCCGAAAUCAUCCGCAAGAAAUCAACAUCCUCCCAGUCGAACCCCGGGUCACCGCGUCCCAGCUUCGAUUCCGCGACGAGACCGGGGAUCACGCGCGCACAAUCGGCUUGGGGGGUGUUACGGGUCGGGUGGAAGGAGGCGGUGAGGAAGGAGUUGGAUGCGGGGUAUGAUGAGUGGCUGGCGAGGAGGGAGAGGUUUGAUAUUUGGGCGCUUGUUGCGGAGAAUUAUGGGAGGAAUGGAUGGGCGGGGAGUGGGAGUGGGAGUGAGAGUGGGGGGUCGGUUUGAAUGAGGACUUUCGGCGUAUGGGUGCUGAGGACGUGGAGGCGGCGUAGCGCACAUUGAGCUGAGAGAUGUACAUAUUGUGUUUGAGACGCGUACAUAUGGCCCAUAUAUACAGCCGACAACGAAAGUGAAGAGGCAAAAUUCGGUACAAUUGAUCGUACAA